AAUAACCGACAGGAUUUUGUCAGAAAUUGAAAACAGACAACGCUGCUCUUCUUUGGACAAUUGAUUCCAGAGUUGGGCAUUAAUGGCACUGCUUCGCUACUGGAAACAAACUCUAAGUCAAUAAAUUAUAUGAGUCACAGACUAGGGAAAGUACUCAUAACUUGCCUGCUUUUAACUGAAAUUUCCAAAACCUCUCUUGUUCAAAACACAAUAUAUUAGAACAAAGACGUUGGCAAAAACUAGUUUCCGAGAAAUUAGUAGCUGUGUCACCUUACAAAGAUUGUACCUUUAUAUGACAGUGUUGAACAGUGAAAUCUCACAGAAGUGGCACUGAAACUUGGAGGAAACUUUCAGAUGGCACAGAAUAAAUAAAGUGCACAAAAAUAACAAUGAAAUAUCAACAGACUAUGAAAUUGAGGAAAUGGUCAAAUAGACUGCGAACCAAUCGUGUAAUGAAGACACUCUUCAACAAGAGUGAAAAUUCGACACAGUGUGACGGGGAGAGUUUGGAGACGCUACUCAAAAGAAUUAUACAAGCAUCCUUAUGAGCUAAUACUCCAAGCAUUGAUUGAGAACUUUUCGACCCUAGCGUAAACUUUUCUGUAACUUUCCUAUAUUACGUAUGGAAUCCGCUACCUCCAGAAAAACUAGUCAAAGAGUAAAGUUCCUUGCCAAGUACAAGUGUGACCAGCCCACGGGUUUGCUCGGGAACCUAAAAGCAUGUUCCUUGCUUAAGCAGCAAUGGAUAGAUACUGUCACAGUCAAGACUCAUUUGAAAGCAAUUUCCCUCCUCUAGAAUUUCUUCUAGAAGAGCAACAGAAACACGAGUUUCGUUCGGAACAGUACCCCAACCACCACAAUGUUGCAACAAGACUAGCAGAAGACUUUAUUCUAGAAACACCACCUUCUAAAAAGAUGAUACAAAAGCAUUUUCUUGAAAUAUCUUCUCCUGUCACCUUGUCGAAAAUUCAAUUUCGGUCAACUGAACUCUCAAAAUACAAUGAAGACACAUACCUGACACCAAAUCCUCGCUGUGCUGUCUUCUCGACAAAUAAAAGCUUUCAGAAGAAAAGUACCGAAGAGCAUAGAAACGUAGUUGAGCCUGAGAAAAUUCGAGAUAGUCAAUCAUUGCUUUGCAAUGAAUCAAAAUUCGAGAAUAUUAUAGACGUUGAUGACGCAUGUUCCGCUGAAACGACUCAGGACAAUGAUUUCAGCUAUAAGAAUGCUCCUGUUGUAGAAGGCAACUUUGGACAUCUCAAUGAGCGACAACAAAGCAAAUUUAACUUUUCUUGCGAACACGAAAGCUCCAAAGUUUUUGAUGUCCUGCAAUUUGUUGGACUACCGAGAGAAUCUAACGAAGAUACAAUAAAGAGAGUAGGCCACGAAAAGUUAUGGGAGUUCGCCUUGAAUGCUCUUUUACAAGGAAAACAAGUAAUAGGAGACGAGAUUAUUUAUGGUCGAGAAGACUGGCGCAAAGAAAAGUUAACGAAACCACAACUAGUCGAGCUAUUUGGUUGCGGAAACAGAGACCUCGCCUCUUUCUCUCAUAAUACAAGGGCACAUUUCCUGGGUGGUAAUGGUCUUUCCACAAAAACAACAAGUAACAAACCGAAAUGGAACAAAGUCAAAACGAGACAAUAUCCAAAAAACAAGUGUGUACAAUUUCAAAGAAAGAAAUUCCAAAGAAAGAAAGCAAGAAACUAAUCACUACUCUUUCAAGCGGAAAAUCACACUCAGCAAAAGCUCAAAACUGUAAUGACUUUAUCGUUAACAGUCCGGCUAGAAAAAAAUCGUGAUAGCGUAAAACGAUACGGUCGUUGUAAAAAGUGAA